UAAGGCAGAAGCACAAGUCCUCUCUCCAGACUGAAUUGGCCUCCGUGGGCGUUCAGCUGGUUUUCUCCAUCACCUCAGGAAGGUUUUCCUGAUCAGCUUUCUUCAUGGCUUGUAUUGAAAACGUGCUUGGUGGGCAAGCCCCUUCACUCAAUGGAGUAGUUGCAGAUGAGCCUGGGUUGCUGGAGCCGCGCCCCGACGACGUGUCCCUCCAGUGUCCGAGUUCCACGCCAAAAGGUGAUGCGGAGACUUGGGGCCACCAUCGCGUCCUGCUGAGACCUCCCCUCAAUGUGCUGACUGACCUGGCGAGAGAGCAGCUGGAGCGCCCCUCCGAGACCAGAGGAGCCUGCAUUCCUGUCGACAGUUCAAGUGCUCACAAACACCCCUAUGCGCCACCACCUGCUGUUGCGGAAGAGUCCCUGGCAACAGCAGAAGUAAAUAGCUCUGAGGGGUUGGCAGGCUGGAGGCUUAGGGGACAGGAUUCUAUUAAUGUGUCCCAGGAAUUCUCUGGCAGCCCUCCCGCACUGAUGAUAGGGGGGCCAAGGGUCAGCAGUCGGGGCACCGAGAGAGGUGGCAAUAAUGCAAGGCUAUACGUGGCUUUGCCACGAGGUCAGGGGUUCUUUCCAUCCAGAGGUCCACAAGUAAGAGGCCCCCCACAUAUCCCCACCGUUAGAUCAGGGGUAAUGAUGGAGCUGCUUCCAGGAAAUACAAGAAUGGCUGGCAAGGAAAGGCUGGCUCAUGUUUCUUUCCCCCCUGGAGGCCCCCGGCACCCCGUGGAGAAUUGGCCAAGGCCUCUCCCCUUGUCUUCCAGUACUCCCAGUAUACAGUCUCGCUCUCCUGUUCAUUGCUUUAUACCUCCUCGACCUCCAAGUUUCAGUCCAUUUCUUGCUAUGCCUAUUGCUUUCGCUCCAUCCCCGAUAUUUGGACCACCAUUACCUUCUUACUUUGCCAAUUUUCCUUCCUGGGGCAUGCCAGCUCCUGCGCCCCCAAACAGAGAGAACAACUGAUAACAGAAAAGGGAGGGGAAUAAAGGGUUGAGGGAAGAGGUGAAAAUUACUCAUUUAUGUUUUUAUAUUUGAAACCCCCUACCCUCUUGGCGCUUUGCUUAGCACUAAUGUGCCUUACAUGU